GCGCCUCUCUGCGGGCCAGGACCCGGCGCUCCCUCUCUGGAAGCGGCGAUCCGCCGUCCCCGCUGGGUCCCGCCACCGCCGGCUCCGCGUCCCCGCGCCGGGGCCGGACCCGGCGGCCCCGCCCUCGUCCGGCCCGGCCCGGCGCCGCCCCGCCCGUCCGGCCCGCCCUCCCUUCUUAUCUGGCCCCGGGGCCGCGGCCCGGGAGGCGGCCGGCCGGCUGGGGCCGCGCGAUGUCGCACGGAGCCGGGCUCGUCCGCACCACGUGCAGCAGCGGCGGCGGCGCGCUCGGACCCGGGGCCGGAGCCGGGGCGGCCCCGCCCGGCGCGAGCCCCUCGGAGGGGCUGCUGGACUCCGCGUAUCCCCGCACGCACGCGGCCCUGCUGAAGGUGGCGCAGAUGGUCACACUGCUGAUUGCCUUCAUCUGUGUGCGGAGCUCUCUGUGGACCGACUACAGUGCCUACAGCUACUUUGAAGUGGUCACCAUUUGCGACUUGAUAAUGAUCCUCGCCUUUUACCUGGUCCACCUCUUCCGCUUCUACCGUGUGCUCACCUGUAUCAGCUGGCCCCUGUCGGAACUUCUGCACUAUUUGAUCGGUACCCUGCUCCUGCUCAUCGCCUCCAUCGUGGCAGCCUCCAAGAGUUACAGCCAGAGCGGAUUGGUAGCCGGAUCGAUCUUCGGUUUCUUGGCCACCUUCCUCUGCCUGGCGAGCAUAUGGCUGUCCUACAAGAUCUCGUGUGUAACCCAGUCCACAGAUGCAACCGUCUGACCAGGCCACAGCCUUCCAGCCCCUCGGGAGCUCUGCAGACAGGAGGAUCUCAGGCCAGUCUCCUGGACCUGUGACCUGGUGCCAAAGACCUGCCCUGGCUGGUGGACGCUAGGAAGGGCCUGCAGUUUCCUCUGGCCUUUGCAGGAGGUGGUUCCCUGAGCUCCUGAGCUGGCCAGAUUUCUCCAGUCCUCCUUGGAGAACAGUCCUCUUCUUCUGCCAGAAAGGAAAGCAGCCUCAGGGGCUCCCUUCUUUUUAGAACCUCCUCAGGUACUGAUGGUCCCACUUAACACAUGUGGGAUGUGUUGUGAUUACUCCUUCAAGAAUCUGCUUCAACUUCACAUUCCUCAGGGGAGUGCCCAAUGCCUUAAAUUCCUCUUACAAAAACAAAGCCUCCUCCUAAUUUAUCUAGCUUGUCAAUCUGAUCUCUAAAAUAUUCUCUUUCUGAAAGUGGUCAGCCUGUUCCCACAUGGGACAUCUAGUGUCUCCUUUCCUUCCCUCUGCCUUUGUUACUAUGGUGUGUGUGUGUGUGUGUGUGUGUGUGUGUGUGUGUGUGUUGUUUUUAAAAAUAAAAUAUUGACUUGGCCAAUCACACAAGGAUUUCUGUU